AUGAGUGGAGAUAUUCCUGUCAGCUCACAGUCGACACAAACACACUGCUGUGGUAGAACUGGUCUGACUGGUCGCUGUUACUGGGAGGUCGAGUGGAGAGGAAGAGUUAAUAUAUCAGUGAGUUACAGACGAAUCAGCAGGAGAGGAGACAGUGGAGACUGUGUGUUUGGAGGAAAUGAUCAGUCCUGGAGUCUGAGCUGCUCUGAUGAAGGUUACUCUGUCUGGCACAACAGCAGGGAAACACCCAUCACCUCCUCCUCCUCCUCCUCCUCCUCCUCCUCCUCCUCCUCCUCCUCCUCCUCCUCUGUCUCUGGUAGAGUAGCAGUGUAUGUGGACUGUCCUGCUGGCUCUGUGUCCUUCUUCAGAGUCUCCUCUGACUAUCUGAUCCACCUCCACACCUUCAGCACCACCUUCACUGAACCUCUCUAUCCUGGAUUUGGGGUGUGGGAACGUGGUGCCUCAGUGUCUCUGUGUCCUCUGCAGGACUGAGAGUCUCUCCUGUGGACAGACACGCUGCUGACCGGAGGUCAAAGGUCACAGUCACACACACUCUGCACCGCGAAGCAGAUCUCAGACUCAAACACAAAACUUUCAUUUGUGUGAUUUCAUCUCUUUGAUAAUCAACAUUUUCAGUUAAACCAGAAUCUCUGAAAGAGAUGUAACGUCUGAAAAUAAUUAACUGUUUGU